AUGCAAUACAAGAAGACUCUAGCUUCCGCUGCUCUAGCUACAUCCGCCAUGGCCGCUUACGUUCCAUCCGAACCAUGGUCCACUUUAACUCCAUCUGCUACUUACAAGAGUGGUCUAACCAGUUAUGCUUCCACUUUCGGUAUCGCCGUUGAACCAAUCACUACCGCUAUUAACGGUACCACUUACGGUCUUUCUUCUUCUUCCGCUUCUUCCACUUCUAUUGCUACUUCCAAGGCUAAGAGAGACGCUGUUUCUCAAAUCGCUGACGGUCAAGUUCAAGCUACCACUGCUACCACCAAGACUACCGCUGCCGCUGUCUCUCAAAUCGGUGACGGUCAAGUUCAAGCUACUACUGCUACCAAGAAGACUACUGCUGCCGCUGUCUCUCAAAUCGGUGACGGUCAAGUUCAAGCUACUACUGCUACCAAGAAGACUACUGCUGCCGCUGUCUCCCAAAUUGCUGACGGUCAAGUUCAAGCUACCACCGCCACUAAGAAGACCACUGCUGCCGCUGUCUCCCAAAUUGCUGACGGUCAAGUUCAAGCUACCACUGCUACCACCAAGACUACUGCUGCCGCUGUCUCUCAAAUCGGUGACGGUCAAGUCCAAGCUACCACCGCUACCAAGAAGUCUACUGCCGCUGCAGCUUCUCAAAUUGCUGACGGUCAAGUUCAAGCCUCUACCAAGAAGGCUUCUGCUACCGCUGCUUCUCAAAUCACUGACGGUCAAGUCCAAGCUACUACCGCUUCUACCAAGUCCACCGAAACUGGUUCAACUACAACUACCGAAGAUGAUGUUACUUCUUCUGACCCAGUCACCGCUGUCUCUUGUAAGAACAACGGUACUCUAUCCAUGACUCUAAAGGACUCCAUCUUAGUCGAUGGUAAGGGUAGAAUCGGUUCCAUUGUUGCUAACAGACAAUUCCAAUUCGAUGGUCCACCACCACAAGCUGGUGCCAUCUACGCCGCUGGUUGGUCUUUGACUCCAGAAGGUAACUUGGCUAUUGGUGACAACGAUAUCUUCUACCAAUGUCUAUCUGGUAACUUCUACAACUUAUACGAUGAACACAUUGGUUCUCAAUGUACCCCAGUCCAUCUAUCCGCCAUUGACUUGGUUGACUGUUAA